AUGAGUGUUCCAGACGAGGUUAUAUACCAUUCGCCAGUUUCUUCAAGCGACUUUGAAGAAGGCGGGCUCGAGGUUGUAGAUGGUCUCGACGACUCUACCUUCGAGGCGCUGCCUGGACCAGACUAUUCCUCCUCGAUCGCAUUUCCAUCUCAACCACUACGAACUGAGAACACGGCAGGAGGCAGUGUACCAUAUCGGCUACAAUCUGCAGGCGAUGAGGUUGAACAGACUACAGCAGCAUCGUGCUCAUACCCAACACCUCCGACAUCGAGGUCCUCUUCGCCUGUGAGACGAGAAUGUCCGCCACUCGAGCCUAAACAAGAUGCAAGUCGCUUUUGGCCAACGCCAAAAGGCGCCAAUUUCCCCGGUGCUCUGGAGCUUGAUCUUCUACCUGUGCAGCAGAUGUUUCAGAACCUUUUCGUUGGCAUCAUGCAGCUCACACCUCAGCAAUCACAGCUUGAAGUAAUAUCAUCCUCACCCGAGUCACUGGCACCUGCCACGCCUGUACGCAACGAAAAUGUCACUGAGAGAGGGACUUUCAACAUGGAAACGCCACCGGACUACGCAAAAAGUGCGGCCUUGGACUUUGGCACGGAGAUGCUCAAUGAUCUCGAUGAUCUACUCGCUGCUGGGCCGAUUGUUGACCCUGCUUAUGACAGUAUUCUGCCCAAGACUCCAUCGCCUGCAGGUUCGCCGUCGUUGCGGCAAGAACAGGCGACGACGAGGACGUCAGUCGGUGAGAGACAGGACUGCCUCGAACGCACACUGGAUGACGAGCUCCUCGACAUGGCAGAGAGGAUUGAACUGCCGUUUUCUGACAUGCCACCGCCUCCUCGCAGCGCAUCAGUAGUGAAGACUAAAACCGCCACUGAUGGUCUAAAGAAGAACGACCUACCGAAUCGCCCUCGGCCACUUCUCCAGCCCGCCGAGAUUCGUCAGGUGCAUCCUGAUGCGCCCACGAAUACGGAUCCAAACCAAGAUCGUAGUGCCGAGAGAACGUCUGAGAGUGAAGUCGAGGUCAUAGUUUUGGGGGAACCGUCGCCGUAUGAGAAACCAACACCUUCACAGUUUGAGUCGGAUCUCCAAACCGGCGCCGCCAAGGUCAUCAAGCUACUUUCCGAUCAGCCUGCUCCCUGUCAAUGGGCAUGCAUCAGAAAGAAGACGGUUUUGCAGAGUGGCGCUACUGAACCGGAUGCGAAACCACGAGCAGGAAGGAGGAAGAAGCAGAAACGUGCUCGCGAUGCUCGAAUGCCAGUUGAUGGCACUGGGUUCGUUGAAGACGUCCCGAGCACCCAAGACCAGUUGAUUCCUGAGAAGAUAGAGAAGCAGUCUGGGACGGCAGCCGAAGCGGAAUGCUCGAAUUCUACGAAGCCCCGAGAACUUGAAGUGCAAGCAAAUGCUACAGUAUCUAUUCCUACUACGAUCAUGUCUCCUGCCAAGAUGCAUGAGGACGUAAAAAUGCCAGACGUUGGCAAUGAAGUCGACAUCGAACGGAAUGUCAUUUCUGCAACAGAUGGCAACACGUGUGUGGCUGCCAUUCAAGAGCUUCUCAAGACGGACGCACAGCUACCAGCGCUCACAGAGUUGCCCGUCAUGGAAAAGCCUGCAAGUCAUCCCAUCAGCAUUGCUGCAGUUUUGAGCGCUUCUCCACCCGUACCGGCCUUCCAGGACGAUGGUCCAAAAUGCUUGAAGGGCACACGCGAAUGUGGUCUUGCCAAAGAUCAGCCCACACCUCAUGAGAAAGAGUUGCCAAUCUCGAGAUCCACGUCAGCUCUGGCUACAGCGCAUACGUCCAAGUGCCCAGGAGAUGUCGGCGAUGUGGAGAAUCCGCGCAAAGCCACAGACGCCGGGUGUCAGAUGGAAUCCGAACCAUGGCCUUGCGCAGAGCCAGGCUGCAAUCGACCGAGUGAGCGAUGCUUGAUCAACGAACGUAACUUGGGCUGUGAAAGCUUUGUGGCUCUGGAUAGCGGCCGGACAAUCAUGCACAGCAGUACGUCAGUCUCUCCAGUGGGAAGCACAUACUGCUGGCGGUGUCGACUCGAAAAUAAAACGAGGAGGAAGCAAAGCACCUCCUGGGCCAUGCGUGAAGCUGUUAGAAGACAAGAGGAAGCUUCGUGGCUGCUUGAGGAGCGCCGAAGGAUUGAGCGGUGUCGUUCCAAUGGGCUCACUAAGCGCGCGUUGAAGACUGCUGCGAAGAAGCGCAAAAGGGCAGAGAUGCAGUCUGGCGCCAGAAACUCCGAGACUUUGCCCGAGCGGAUGAUGAUGGAAGCGGCUCUCGAGCCUGCAGAGGCAACGACUUUCGCUCAGCAGACCUCUGGGAUCGUUGCGGAUGCGUUUUCGCGUAGCGCAGGCACAGCAUUGUCGUUGGUGAAAGAAAAUGUGCCAACAUCUGAUGUUUUAAUGACAGAGCCUGGAGUGGAAGACGGGAAGAUCACGGUACUGUGUGGAGCAGCAAGCAACGCAGACACCGCUGUACCUGCACGGCGUCCGAUGCAGGAUCCUUCGCCUCCCGCCCUACGCGAAGGUGAGAGUGCUUCAGACCCAACCGCUUCGCCUGAGCAUCGAGGGGAGGCAGAUACGGUAUCCAAAGUGGCAGAUUUGGAAGCUGCGCCGCCACUUCGAGAUGAGGAGCAGGUUCACCAGCUUCCAACGCAGGAUGCUGAAAUCACAUGUCCUGCCUCACCAAGGCCCAGGCCUUUGAAGCCAGAUCUUCCGGCUUGCAAAAGCCCCUCGAGGGCCGUUGUUGUAUCUCCGCCCUCUGGAGCGGGCCUACUCCUCACGAUGCCAGUGACAGUGCAGGCCGUGGCUUCAUGUGACCUUCAUGUUGGGGUUUCAAGGACCGCCGGGGUCGAGGAGGGAUCCAAGCACGAUGCAGGAUCGGAACGUCCACAGUCUCGAAGCUCUGCUCCAGGGUCAUCUUCGCCGGUUCUGGGUGCUACGUUCACGGCCGUUCAUGACUUACCGGGAUCAAACAAUUCGUCCCCGCGAACAUCGCCAUCGCGGUAUGCCUCGCACACGCCAUCACCGCUGCGCUCGGUCCAGAGCGUCGAAGACACACCGCCGACCUCGCCUCCUCCUCACAUACACGCGUCUUCGAAUUGCGGUCAAGAGCUCACCGCCCUGCCGCGCGAAUCGAGUGCGAUAGCUUCUGUUACUGCUGACGCGACCAUCGGCAUGCCACGACCAACGUCUGUGCGAGCGUCACCUGUUCCCUUGGGUCUCGAAGAAGAGGCAAUCGAUCCGCUUGCGUCCACAGUGCUCAAAGCACUCCAAAGUCAUCGACAACUCGAUGAUGGGCAGACGCCAGUCCACCUCCACUUCUGCGUGUGCGGCAAGGGCCUGGCCAGAUUUCCAGAAAAGCUGCCUUGCCACCAAUGCAUUAAUGAAGAGUACUGGCGGUACCUGGACGAGCUCGAUAUCGAGAACAAAGAGAAUAUCCCUACGAUCGACAAUUUCAUUGAGCCAGAGCACGAGACUGCACGCUCUGUCGACCUGUGUCGAUUGUGCCGCAGCCUUGUGACGUUUGAUGAGCAAGGGCUGUGUGUACCAUGUGCGAAUCCGAUCCUUACUGGGUCGGAAGAGUCUUCGAGACCGCGGAAGAGGCGAAGGGUAAAGCAGGGCACACAACAGCGGCUACACGAAUCCUCUGAGCUGUCUGUUGAGGCCGACGGCGCAGUGAGCGUUGAGCGUGACGUUUUGAACACCAAGCGAAGGCCUUUGAAAGGAAUCUUGAAGCGUCGUUGACUCUCUAAUAUUCAAGCUGGAAUCUAUGUCAAGAACCUUCUUGUAAUAGUGCUACUGCAUUUGUAUUGUUGGAAGAAGUCAUGUUAUUAAAAGAAGUCAGAAUUGUCAUCAGUUUGUGCAGUCUUGGUCUUUCCCCGCGCUGAGGUCUCUAAUGCCACUACCCCUAGCCGCAGUUGCAGAACACACCAAGUGCAGCUCUUGAAUUUCUACAUAUCUACUUUAGCGACGUCCACUUCCAAGCUUGGCACGACAAUCGGCCUCUUCAUACAUCAAGUGCCACAGCCCUUGGCCCUGUCAAUCGUUGGACCCCCCGGCAGUGAAUUCUGAUAUCUAGAGCCAGUUCCAGUGAGGCAAGACAUGCCAUCAACCCGAGCAAGAACUCAAUUUCCAGUAUUAGGACGGCGGCAAUGAAAGUGCUUCUUCGAGCCCUUAAUCCCCC